UCUAACAGUUCAGAAAGCGGAGAAAUAUUGAAAAAGAUUCAGGAGGAAACCUCACACUGGAUCCGAUAUACAAGUAUAUGCUAUGCUGUCCCAAGUUUGUUUGUUGAUUGCCUGCUGGGAAGCUGGAGUGAUUUUUUCGGCAGAAAGUUGCCGCUGAUCAUCCCAUCAAUUGGUCAGCUCCUUGCAACUAUAAUCUAUAUAGCAAUGAGUGAGAUAUCAAGCAUACCAAUAUACUGGUUUUGUAUUGCAAGCAUUGUAUCAGGAUUUACUGGUGGACCUACAUCCUGCUAUACAGCCAGCUAUUCAUUUAUUUCCGCAAUAACAGACAAAUCUACACGAACGAUUAGAAUGAGUAUAUUAGAAUCAAUGGCGUACAUUGCUGGCACAGCUUCGCCCUUCAUUGCCGGAGCAUUACUAAAUGUGUCAAGUUCAACGGUUGUUUAUGCUGUAUCAGGUGGCUUGUUUCUACUCUCCAUCGUGUAUUCUAGUUUCCUGAAAGAACCACACACAGACAUGGUGAGUACUUAA